UUCACUUUUGUACACGUCGCGAAUAAUUCUUACAAUCAACUAUUACCAUUACAAGAGGCGAUGAGCGACAUAUUUCCGGUAUAAACAUACAUCGCCUGAAUGAACGAUAAGCUAAUUAAUUAAGCUGAUGUCUAACAGUUGCAAGUAUCAUCGAUUCGUAUCAAUUGGUCGAGUUUGAGCGGGGUCACAGUUGCAGUAUAAAAAUCUGAAACAGAGAAGAGAAACGUGAGGGGAAAAGACGUGAAAAAACAACGAGCAACAGAUAAGCAAAGACAAGCAGCAAGAUGCCAAUUGAUUGUUAUUACUUCCCUAUAAGUCCACCCAGUCGCACUAUUAUAUUACUCGCAAAAGCACUAGGCAUUCACUUUAACCUGAAGAUCGUAAACGUUCCAAUGGGGGAGCAUUUAAAGCCGGAAUUUUUACAGAUUAAUCCGCAACACACAAUACCAGUCAUUGAUGACAACGGUUUUAUUUUGUGGGAAAGUCGUGCUAUUAUGGCUUAUUUAGUGAGCAAAUACGCGAGAAAUGACUCUCUUUACCCGAAAGAUACGAAAGAAAGGGCAAAAGUCGAUCAAAUGAUGUACUUUGAUGGUGGCACUCUUUGGCCCAAAGUAUUUAAUUGUUAUAUGCCACUUUGUCGAGGUCAAGCGGAUUCAGUUAAUGAAGCAGAUGUAGCUCAAUUAGAGAAAUCGUUUGAAGUGUUCAACGCUUUUCUCGAUGGCAAAGAAUUUGCGAUCGGUGAUAAUCUAACCAUCGCCGAUUUCACUAUCAGUACAACUAUUUGUGUACUACUAUGUUUUGACUUCGACAUCAGCCGUUACGAUAACGUUGCCGCGUAUUACGAGCGUUGCAAGGAAACCCUGGAGAGAUUCGGGUUCGAGGAGGUGCACGCUAUGGGUGUUAAAGCGUUUACCGAGAUGUACCACGCGAACCUACAAGAAUCUAGUUAACGUGAAUAUGGAUAUUUGUGCACGCCUAAAGCGAAGGAUCGAUAGUAACUCGUUUACCUGAGAUCGAGAUUAGACAUGGAAUCUCAUUAUUAUACUUUAUAGAAUUUAAAAUUCACUUUUUACCUUCGCGUUCCUCGGCGUUUCAACAGCUCUGUUAUAAUAAACCAGAUAAUAUAAGUGC